AUGCCCCCCAAAAUGCGGCGGUGGGUUGUUGAGGAUCCAAACAACACAUGGAAUCAUCAGCUCAUGCAGGCAUCUUUGCGGUACAGUCUCACGGAUGCGGAAGCGCUGCUUCAAAACGGUGCGGACCCCGUAAGGGCCUGUGAGGCGGUGCCGUUUUAUAAGGAGCCACUUCCUCCGCUUAUCGCACUGCUACUUCAAAGCCGUUACACCGCCGAGUCCGUGGCGAUGAUGAAAUGGCUCCUGGAACACGGUGCAUCGGUAUCGCAGUUUAUUCCGUUGGAGGGGAAAGACUUGCAAACGAGCCCUGGUGAAAAUGGAACAAUUCUACACUUGUUUGUGCAGUUAGGACAACCUGCAUUUUUAUUGGAUUUGCUCAUUCUGGUGGGUGAACCGAGGCCUGUGCCGGGAUCGAUACAGAAGCGUCUGCCACGUCCCGAUCGACCGAUAACACCAGGGAUGUCGACAUUUACGGUUGGUACAGGUGCCAAGGGAUCCGCGACGCGAGGGGCUCAGGGCAGCUCUUCAGGAAAUAGUGGAAAACGCGGCGCACGUUUAUCACGCAUGACGACAGAUGCCGCUGCAUUGCUAGCGUCAAAUAAUUUUGUGGAUCCAGCUUUUCACUUGGAUGGAAAUGUCAUUGAUUUUGAGGCCCGUACCUCUGUGAAUGGCUGGACGGCGAUGGAUCUCGCCCUGCGUUGUGGGGACGCGACAAUGGUGCAGUUGCUUCUAUACUAUGGUGCUCCGGGUGUGUUUCAUCGUCUUGUGAACGGCACUCAGACUGCACUGGCACGUGCCUGCACGACGGGUGACAAGGAACUUGUGGAACUCCUGCUGGAUGCAGGUGAUGCGAUUGGGCAGAUAUCACUGGAUGGCCGCUACACGUUAAUUCACUACGCAGCAGGGCAACCUGCCAUUCUUGAUGUGUUGCUGGCACGUGGCCUCUCGAUUGAUGCGGUAAAUGCGCUGGGUGAAACCGCUCUUGUCUCUCUCAUUUGUUACGGGCAAGGUAACAAUGGAGAGCAUGCCAUCCGUGAGGCCCCACGGUCAUCGGAUGCCGCGAAACUGGCGGCGCUACCAACACCGGCAUUGCUGAAUUAUAUUUUAACACCCAUGCCCCCAAUUGCUGUGCCGCCCCUCAAGCAGUUAAGGUCAGCGAGUUCAACGAGCGCUGGAAUUGGGAUGGAUAUGGACUUCCCACGCAUGACGCAUGAAGCUGACGCAUGGUGGUACUUUGCAUCAAACUGCAGCACAUGGACGAUGAUACAGAAUUUGUGUGACCGUGGUGCGGAUGUACACGGCGAUGCACCGCAGGGGGAAGAAGAGAGGGUGGAGGAACGUUCAGUGAAUAACCGUUGCAAGGGGUCUGGUGUGGCAAGGCAAUUGUAUUUAAAUCCCUCAUCUAGCAACAGUCAGUUGCCAUCGGAGCAAAGUGGAAGUUCGACCAACGUGCAUUUCAAUACCAGCUUGGCGGGGAUGAGUGCGAUGGAAAUCCAUGCGGAGGGCCAGAUGAACGAGAAGGAUAUGACCGUACCCAGCAUGCAAUUUGUUACACACCUGACUCCGUUAAUGCAUGCAAUUGUAGCAUAUCAUCCGGAAUUGAUUCGUCGGCUUGUCGUUGAGUUCCAUGCGGAUCCUAUGGUUCGAGAUGCAAAAGGGGCUUGUGCAUUACAUUACGCCGCCAUUGCACGAAAUCCAAGUGUAAUGGAAUUAUUUUUAUCCCCACUUGUGAUUCCAGGACAUGCAAACUUUGAUAUCAAUGCACAAGACUGUCUUGGGCGUACGCCGCUGCAUUACGCUGCGGCAUGUGGCAACAGCGGGGUUGUACGUGCGUUACUGAAAUCAUCUUCGUCGUUGAUUGCCGGAAGGACGGAUUACGCGGGGCGAACACCACUUCAUCUCGCUGUUUUGGCAAGUGAAGCAAAUGUCGUGGAGCUCCUGUUGCGGCACGGCGAGACGGUCGCGACGGAGUCACAAAGUACGGUAUCGGCUGUAUCCACAAGGAAGAAAUCCGUCAUUACAAGGCGAAAGGCCCGACAGCCAUCGCUAAAUGAAGUAAAUGUCCCUGAUCAUGCCGCGGUGAUAGAUGUGGAGGCGGAGGACAGGUUGGCCAGUCAAACAGCACUUGAAAUGGCGGUUUACGUUACACGUGAUGCAGAAAUCGCCCGCCUACUACUCACAUUGGGGUACGCCUCUGCGCGACGUCCCAGCGGUCUGCCUACAGGCGGUUCUCUUCUCCAUCGUGCGGUGGUGGAUGGAACGAUGGAUAUUCUGCUGCUUCUGCUGGAAAACUAUGCCGAUCCAAAUGAGGUGGAUAACUUGGAACAAACCACGUUGCAUCUUGCAACUCAGUCAAAUCUUCCGCAGGCAUGUGAAAUGGUACGUGAGUUACUGCGCUUUGGUGCGACACCGGAGGCACGGAGUGGAUGCACAUUAGAAACCCCUAUUCUUAUUGCCGCUCGUCGUGGGGAUGCGGACAUGUUAGAUCUUCUUUUGCAUCAACAAGAGGAAUUUAGCUCCGGGAGACCAUUGCUCUUGCAUGGGGCGAAAGGAGCGCAACGGGAACGCAUGCGUCAUAUUCCACGUCCUCGCCCGAACGCGUCGUCGCCGUCGAAUCGCCGCAAUGGCCGACAGCAGCAAAAACAGGCUCCAACCACACAGUCAUCAGUACGUCGCGGUCGGCAGAAGCAACAACAACCUACAGUUGGGGACGCUUCACUCUCCUCCGAUUUGAAUGAUAACUCCAUCCUUGGCGUUGCCGCCAACAACAGCAACAGCAAUAUCAACCCCAUUGGCGGUACGGACCUCCGGGGAAGACAUUCCACUACCCCUAUAGCAGUGUCUGGUUCCACUACGGCGGAGGUUGGGGAAAGUUUUAGUGGGAAUGUUGAAUCUGAGGGGCAGAAAACACAAUUGUCAAAACCACAACACCUGCUGCUUACAGAUGGUCGCGUGCGUACGACGCUGCAUUAUCUCUGCGCACACAGCGAGGCAUCAAAGCAGGCCGCGCUGCUGCCCAUUAUCCAAGAAAUUUUGGGGUGUUCGAUUGCGCCUACGCUGGUGCUACAGUUGGACGCCGAUGGUCGGCUUCCUCUUCACGACGCCUGUACCGCCGGUUACGCCGCGGCAGUUUUUGAGCUGCUUAAGUGCGAUGAUGGGAGCUGUGCAUUUCAGCUGGACUCACGUGGGUGUCUUCCGCUUCACUACGCCGUGUUGGCCAACGACGUGGCCAGCAUCACGGCACUUGUAAAAAGCGUUGGUGUAUGGCUGCCAUGCGCUCUUAAGGGCAGCACAUGUGCAAUGGAUGAUGAUCGACUGUUCCCUAUUACCGAUCGUAUUCUGCAGCAAGGCCCACAUUCUCAAAAUCAUCAUGAACGAGGCGACAUUCAAAUGCCGUCGCAAGAAUACCCACACCGUCACGGCGUGAACCCACUUUGUGGGGUCGGUCGCUGCAAUAAGUGGAUCAACACUCCCUGGGAAUACUUGAAUGUGCCUGAUGAUAUGGGUCGGACGCCAAUGUUGCUUGCUGCAGAGUUGGGUCAUUUGAAGGCCAGUAAGGCUCUGAUGCAAUGGAUGCAAGUAUGCUCCAAAUCAAGACAUUAUUAA